UCCAUCAUGAUCCAUCUCUCUAUCCGUAGCCUCAUGAGGCAGGCGAAUCACAAUCCAGAGAUGUCGGCGUGCAAAGCCGAAUCUUUGCAUGCUGCCUGUCUGCACCCAUUACCGUCACAUCCACCAUCCUAUUCCGACCACACCAGACUGUUCAACACCUUCGCUACCCAACUCUCCAGCAGAACAAGCGCGACCUUCUUCAUCCUGACAUACGGAUCGUCGUCGCCGCCCCUCCCUUAUGCUGUCCAACAGUGUAACCUUUUGGCCCCUGGUGUCUGUCCUACCGGGUACCAAGCGUCCUUAUCACGAGGCCGAGGAACACACUUGAGACUGCGAGGGCAAGAUCAUUUGAAAAACCUCUUCUGCAUUGAUCUGGUUGCAAUCAUGAUCAUCAGGUCCCAAGAACGUGCAUCCACGCCCUCCGACCAGGGACCUGUCCAAGGAAAAUGUCAAAGGCGAACCCCUCAGUCAUGUCCAUGGUUACCCAGAUGCCAGAGAUCCAGAUUUCCCAUCUCCAUUUCUCGUCGACUACCUUUUCGCGUUUCACACAUGCACUGCACUGUAUACAGGGAUUGUGUGCUGGGGUCUGCUCGGAUUCUAGCCGAGCUCCUGCAGUGCAGGGCGAACUGUUGCAUGCUCGCAUUCGUGUGUACUUUUUACUGUUCCCAGAUUCACAUCUAAACACGCUGACAUGUGCAGAGGCUUUCCAAGUCACAACUCACCUGCGCUCGUGAUAUCUGCCUCAAUUGACGAAUUACUGUGCGGCCCAGCAACAUGCACGAGUGUUUUCCCUCCUCAUUGCUCGCAAGUCUACACACGCGGUGAGCUUAUCCCACUAACUGAUCUCCGAUGAUUCGUCAUGCGCCAUGCAGUUGAGAAGCGAAGACAAAAAGCAAAGCUGAGUCCAAUCAAGCAACCGUGGAGCGUGCGUACGUGUGUGUGCUGCAAAUUAAAGCAGACGCCACAGGGUCUUCCGGAGAAGGACUCCUCCCGCUUUUGUUGAUCUUCACAAUCUCACGUAGAUCCUCAUGUCCCAUCCGUCUCCUGUGCGGUUGGAUCUGUGCUUUCGUGAUUUUCGCCCCCUUCUCUGUUAUCAAAGUUCUCGUUGGGACAGAUUCAGCGGGGAAUGCGGGGUUCUUCCGCGCUUUACUGACCCUCUUGUCCACGGCGGCUACGCCCUUGUACGAACCAAGAUUCGAUCUGUGUUCCAGCCAACGUACCACAGGUUGAGUGCAGGCUGUCGAGGUUGGCAAAGUUGGGGACGGAACAGAGACGGCGCGCGCUCCAUGGUG